UAACACCACGCGUGAGGCACUGCUGGUGCAAGGCAAGCGCAUCCAGAGGAGUGACUCUCCGAUCAAGCACCAGCUGCAUUUGUGUGAGUGAACCUGAUUUCCCUAUGAACUCAGCAAAUGUAUCAAAAAAUGGCAUUGCUCACUGGGAACGCGGAUCAUGAGUUCAGCUCCUAUUCCUUCAAUAAUCUGGAAAACUUAUGUGAAGUGCAAACGAAGAAGGGGUUCUUCUACAAAAACGCCAAACUUCUGCGCCCUGGAGAAGACUUGUGCUGCUUAGCCCGCCUGGAAGACCGGACCAGGUUUGUGAUCAUCAACGUAGGUGGUAUUAAAUACAAAAUUCCAUGGACCACCUUGGAGAACUGCCCCUUGACCAGGCUCGGGAAGCUAAAAUCUUGCAACAAUUACGAUGAGAUCAUGAACAUCUGCGAUGAUUAUGAUGUUAGCUGCAAUGAAUUUUUUUUUGACCGUAAUCCUAGUGCCUUCAGGACAAUCAUGACUUUCCUGACAGCUGGGAAGCUGAGGCUGCUCAGGGAGAUGUGUGCGCUUUCUUUUCAGGAGGAGCUGGUGUACUGGGGGAUAGAAGAGGAGCACCUGGAGUGGUGCUGUAAAAAGAGAUUGCGCCACAAGGAGGAGGAGGCAGCAGAGGCCAGGCUGUAUGAAGGGGAGAUGGUGUUUAGUGAAGCUGCGCAAUGUGCCUUCCAGGACAAUAGCCGAUUGAGUUUGUGCAUGAGAAAGCUCAGGGAUAUGGUGGAGAACCCCCACUCAGGGAUCCCGGGAAAGCUCUUUGCUUGUAUUUCCAUCUCUUUUGUUGCCAUCACUGCAGUCAGCCUCUGUAUCAGCACCAUGCCAGAUGUCAGAGAAGAAGAAGACCGGGGCGAAUGCUCACGGAAGUGCUACGACAUCUUCGUGCUGGAGACCGUGUGCGUGGCUUGGUUUUCCUUUGAGUUCCUCCUGCGCUCCAUCCAGGCGGAGAACAAAUGCGCCUUCCUGAAGACCCCGCUCAACAUCAUCGACAUCCUGGCCAUCCUGCCCUUCUACGUCUCCCUCCUGGUGGACACGGUCUCCAGCAAAAACAGCGGCAAGCCCGGCGGGGGAGCCGGCAACAAGUACCUGGAGCGCGUGGGGCUGGUGCUGCGCUUCCUGCGGGCGCUGCGCAUCCUCUACGUGAUGCGGCUGGCGCGGCACUCGCUGGGGCUGCAGACGCUGGGGCUCACCGUGCGCCGCUGCACCCGCGAGUUCGGCCUCCUGCUGCUCUUCCUCUGCGUGGCCAUGGCCCUCUUCUCGCCGCUCGUCUACCUGGCCGAGAGCGAGCUGGGGGCCAAGCAGGAGUUCACGAGCGUCCCCACCAGCUACUGGUGGGCCGUGAUCUCCAUGACCACCGUCGGCUACGGGGACAUGGUGCCUCGCAGCAUCCCGGGCCAGGUGGUGGCCCUGAGCAGCAUCCUGAGCGGCAUUUUGCUGAUGGCUUUCCCGGUCACCUCCAUCUUCCACACCUUCUCCCGCUCCUACAGCGAGCUGAAGGAGCAGCAGCAGCGCGCGGCCAGCCGGCACGCGCGCCUGCUGGAGGAGAGCGCCAAGCUGCCCGGCGGGGACAGCGCGCAGGGGCCCUGCGUCCCACCCGCUCCACGUGCUGCUGCGGAGGAGGAGGAGGAGGAGGAGGACAAGGCGGCUCGGUCAGCUGCGAGCCAGGAGAGACGGUGCUGA